AUUAAUUCCAAUCUUAUCCCAUGUAAUUUCCAUUGAAUUUCACACAUUUGUAGAAUGUAAUCCGCCAUUGACACACAGACACAGACUUCUCCAUAUUUAUACAAUAGUGGGCGUGUGCGUGUGAAUGAGAGGGGAGUGGACAUGUGGGCUGAGCCUCAGGCCUGCCCUUCCCUUAGGCUUUUCUCUCACCGCUUUGAUUUACUCUGCCUGAAUUCUCUCCGACCCUUCCUCCCCUUUGUCCCUCCUCCUGCUCAACCAAUCUGUCGUGUAAUUCCUAUUCGGAGGGCUGUGGAUUAAUGGGAAGAUUUGGGAUUUAGAAGUGUUCGCUACAGAAAACCUAGGUUUGAAUUGAAGUUUUUGUUGGGAGACAGUUGUUGAAUUUGGUGCUGCAAUAAGUGUUCCUUUGUUUUCAAAGCUUUGGAGUAAUUGAGGAGAGAGUGCAGCUUUCGGUUUUGACGUUCUUGAACCUGCAUUGAUAGCUGUGAUCUUCAGAGUAGUUUCAGUUGAAUCGAAUCAAGUAUGAGUCGGAGAGUUCGAAGAAGGGUUGUUAAAAGGGGCAAAGAGAAAGUGGAUAUCCCUGAAGUUGAUGAGAAUCUAAUGUUACCCGAGGAAGGAGUGGUUGAUUGGACUAAAUUACCCGAUGAUACAGUAAUUCAGAUCUUCCUGUGCCUCAACUAUCGUGACCGAGCCGCUUUAUCAUCAACCUGCCGAACAUGGUGGGCUCUGGGUAGAUCUUCUUGUUUGUGGCAGGCAUUGGAUGUCCGGGCCCAUAAGUUUGACUCUGCGGCUGCUUCUUCUCUCGCCUCUCGGUGUGGUGACCUUCAGAAGCUUAGGUUCCGAGGUCCUGAAUCAGCCGAAGCUAUCAUAAACCUUCAAGCAAAGCAUUUACGUGAAGUCAGUGGGGAUGGUUGCAGGAAAAUGACUGAUGCGACGAUCUGUGUGCUCGCAGCUCGUCAUCAAGAGUUACAGUGUCUUCAGAUAGGGCCAGAUUAUUGCGAAAAGAUCACCAGCGACGCCGUGAAAGCUAUAGCAAUUUGUUGCCCUCAGCUGCAGAAAUUGCGGCUCUCUAUCCAUGAAGUGGAAGCAGAUGCAAUUAAUGCAUUGGCUAUGCAUUGCCAGAGUUUGACGGACGUUGGAUUCAUUGACUGCCGGAAGGUAGACGAAGCUGCUCUGGGAAAUGUGGAGUCUGUUCGCUUCCUGUCAGUGGCUGGGACGACGAAUAUAAGGUGGGAUUCAGCCGUGCAGCAUUGGAAUAAGCUUCCGAAUCUCAUUGGCUUAGAUGUUUCCCGAACGGAUAUUGGCCCUAGUGCUGUUUCUAGGCUUUUUUCGUCUUCAUCUAGUUUGAAAUUGUUAUGUUCCUUGAGUUGUCCAGCGCUUGAGGGGGAUGCUGCAUUUGCGUCCAACAACAAUCAUAAAGGGAAAGUGUUGCUCACUGUCUUCACCGACAUUCUCAAAGGAGUUGGUAGUUUAUUUGGUGACACACCUAGAAGCGAUAGGGAUAUAUUCGUGCAUCGGUCGAAUUCUAUAAAAGAUAAGACAUUGAAUGAGAUCUUGAACUGGCUGGAAUGGAACCUCUCCAAUUCACUUCUGCGUGUCUCCGAGAGCAAUCCUUCUGGUUUAGAUAAGUUUUGGCUUGAACAGGGUACGGGUUUGUUACUUAAUUUCAUGCAGAGUAGUCAGGAGGAAGUUCAAGAACGAGCAGCCACGGCUUUGGCGACUUUCAUUGUUGUAGAUGAUGAAAAUGCUAGUAUUGACAUAGGACGGGCAGAAGCGGUUAUGCAGGAUAGUGGGAUAAGCCUUCUUCUAAACCUUGCACGAUCCUGGCGAGAGGGGCUCCAGUCGGAAGCUGCCAAGGCAAUUGCAAACUUAUCGGUGAAUGCAAAGGUUGCAAAAGCUGUGGCAGACGAAGGGGGAAUAGACAUUCUUACAAAUCUUGCGAGAUCUGUUAACAGAUUGGUUGCUGAAGAGGCUGCUGGCGGAUUGUGGAACCUGUCAGUUGGCGAAGAACAUAAGGGUGCCAUUGCCAAGUCUGGCGGUGUAAAAGCGUUAGUAGAACUUAUCUUCAAGUGGUCGAGGACUUCUGGCGGUGAAGGAGUGUUGGAACGUGCUGCUGGCGCAUUGGCGAAUUUAGCAGCGGAUGAAAAAUGCAGCAUUGAAGUUGCGACAAUGGGUGGUGUACAUGCAUUAGUGAUGCUUGCUCGAAAUUGCAAAAUUGAAGGAGUGCAAGAGCAGGCUGCUCGGGCUUUGGCAAAUUUGGCCGCUCAUGGUGAUAGUAAUAAUAACAAUGCUGCUGUUGGGCAAGAGAUAGGAGCUCUUGAAGCUCUGGUGCAACUUACUAAUUCACCUCAUGAUGGUGUCAAGCAAGAAGCUGCAGGCGCAUUGUGGAAUUUAUCCUUUGAUGACAGAAAUCGAGAAGCAAUUGCAGCAGCUGGUGGAGUUGCAGCAUUGGUUGCUCUAGCACAUUCCUGCUCGAAUGCAUCUCAUGGCCUUCAGGAGAGGGCUGCCGGUGCUCUCUGGGGAUUAUCUGUGUCAGAAACAAACAGCAUUGCUAUUGGUCGCGAAGGGGGCAUUGCACCACUGAUAGCACUGGCCAGAUCAAAUUCUGAGGAUGUGCACGAGACUGCUGCGGGAGCUCUUUGGAAUCUUGCAUUCAAUCCUGGCAAUGCGCUUCGGAUUGUUGAGGAAGGUGGUGUCCAAGCUUUAGUUUGGCUUUGCUCGAAUUCUGCAUCCAAAAUGGCAUGUUUCAUGUCCGCACUGGCACUAGCCUAUAUGUUCGACGGAAGAAUGGAUGAGAUUGCUCAAAUAGUUUCACUGUCAGAGGGCCCCUCCAAAAGCGGAAACUUGGAUGGUCCCCGACGAAUGGCAUUGAGACACAUCGAUUCUUUCCUCAAGACGUUUUCAGACCCUCAAGCCUUUUCUGCGGCAGCUGCGUCAUCAGGCCCUGCAGCGCUGGCGCAAGUAACAGAAUCUGUGCGUAUUCCUGAGGCUGGUCAUCUUAGAUGCAGUGGGUGUGAAAUCGGAAGGUUUGUUACUAUGCUACGGAACCCUUCCCCAACGCUCAAGUCAUGCGCCGCAUUCGCUCUUCUUCAGUUUAGCAUUCCUGGUUGCCGUCAUGCAUUGCAUCACGUGAGCCUUCUCCACAAUGCGGGGGCCCCACGAGUUCUGCGUGUGGCGGCUGCAGCUACGGGAGCCCCAUUGGAAGCAAAAAUCUUUGCGCGGAUCGUCCUCCGUAACCUGGAGCAGCAUCAGAAUCAGCAUCAGGCAGAAUGAGCAAGAAAGUAAGAAAAUAAAUAAAUGAUGAUUAAGGAAAGGAGAUGAGUGUUUUUUAUUAGUGUAGUGAUGAGAUGAGAUGAGGUCUAUCUAAGUAUAACUGCUGCUAUAAAACUAAAGCUAUAAACCCUAAACUCUGACUUACUACUACUACUAUUAUUAUUGUUAUUGUUAUCAUUAUUGUGAUCAUCAAAUAAAGAGAGGAUUUGAGUGAAGGAGA